AUGGGGAGUACGGUGUGUGCUCAGAUGUUCGCAUGGGAAUGCGACGAGGCGAGUUGUUGUGAGAGUUAUCAUUUUCGAGUGAUCAUCUUGUUCACGUCCAUUGGCCUUUUAUUAGCUGCUCUGUUGGUGGCCGCUGUUUGGUUAUCAUUCGAAUUCCGACCUUCGUACAGGAAACGUCUUCGUCGAGGUGAGGAGCCGCCUCAGUCGGAUCUGGAAUUGCGCAGUUUUGAAGAGGCGAAAUAUUUACGCAGGAUGUCUGAGAAUAAGUAA